GUUGGGCAAACACAACAAACACAACCGCACUCACAGUGAGUAGGCUGCAAAUCCUUCGGAUUCGUCCUUGUCCUUGGUAGGCCCGUCGGGCAACACAAAUAGACGUGUGCCAAAAUACACAAACAAAUGCGGAGCAAACGAAGCGAAAGUCUCGGAAGGCACACAUGAGACCCAAAAAACAGGAAAAAAGGGAAGAUGGAGCCGGGAUGAGACACGAAACGGGACAGCGGAUCCAUUUGUGUCUGGGUAGUUGAGCCGGCGUUUGAACUUUGCCAUUUAGGGCAGCCCCAAAAAAUGUGCCCAAAUAGCGAACCGUCUAAACAAAUACGGAGGGCCAUUCGAGGAGUGACAAAGGCACAUGCAAAGGAUGGGCGUCCAAUUGAAGCCACAGUUUAGCAGUCGCACAAGGGCGGGAAGCCUUCCCAACAUCCAACAACCCGCAAGCAAACCGACGGAGAUGAAUCGAACUAGUCGCAGACUUCCGGCGCUCUUGUUUGGCCUUCUGGUCUGCCUGGUGGCCCAGACCGCCGGUCGUCCUUCGACGGAGGACGAGAGCGACUUGGCCAUCAUACCGCCAGAUGCCGACAAUGUGGAGAUCCAUCAAGUGAAGUUCGUAAAUGGCGUCAUGCAGGAGGAUCAUCCGGUGAUCAUGUACAAGGAGGACUUCGUCAGUGAAGAUUAUGUAGAUCCCACCAAGAACGAGACAACUUCUGGACGAAACAAGAAGCACAAGCGAACGCAUCACCAUCGUGCGGAGCCACAGCUGGAGAACGAGGGGGAAAAGAUCCUUUUUGAUGUCCUGCCGGACAAGCCGAUCGUUCUGUCGGACGACCUUAAAACUCUUCCAGUCAGCAAGAUAGAAGCCGCCCAGCUGGCAGAACCCAUCAAGCUGGGAAAGCUUCCCAAGAAGUACCAUAGCCGCCAGCGCCGGGAUCUUCAAAAUGUGGAAAGUCAGAGAGUUAUCCAAUUUUAUCUUGACAACAAACCCGCAGAAAAGCACUAUUAUUUAACCUAUCGUAUCGCGGUGUCGAAUAAGAAACCCAAAUUGACGGAAGAGAAGGAUAGAAGAUAUGGGCAAACAAACUAUUUUAAAACACAGCAAUCCGACGGUCAGAAACCUGAUGCUGUUAAUACCCGAGGUGAAUUCGAUUUGAUACACGAUUCAGAUCCAAAGAAUGCGGAUCACUCUGUUUAUAACCAGAGCACUACUACUAAAACCCCAUUUAUUACUAUCAUGGACAGCGCUCCAGUUGGUGGCCCUAUUUUCGGCGUUCAAGUACCAGAUAACGACGAUAGGAGAGCGCCAAACUUCGAGUCCAGUGCGGGAACCCCGGCCCCAACACAGAGACCCGGGGCAAGGCCGGCCAACCCACCGCCCACCAGCGCGCCCAAGGUCAGCAACUGUGUGUGGGCGAUCGUGAACUGCUGCAGCGGCGACUCCAAGAAGAUCCGGUACAAUUGCUUCGAGGAGUUCAACUGUCACGGCGCCUUCUGGGACAUUAACCCGUGCGCCGAUCAAGAAAUCCGCGACGCGAAUCUCGUGCCUCUAGCCGGCUUCUCACCCCCCGGAUUCGCCCCUCCCCCUGCCUCUGCCUCUCGGCCCAUCGCCCGUCGGCCGUCCUUUAGGGAAGACUCCUUCCAAUUUCCCCAGGAGAUCGGCUACCAGGCGGGCAGCAACUGCCAUCGGGCCUCGAAAUAUUGCUGCGGCCUCAGAAAUUAUGGAUCCCAGUACGACUGCUUCCAACACUACGACUGCCACGAGAGCCUCGCGGCUAUCAUAUCCAGCUGCUCCUGAAAUGCCCUGGAUGAAUCUUCUAUUUGGUCCAUGUAUGCAUUGAAAAUCCGUCUGUGACGAGAGCCUCGCGUUUCGAAAGCCCCAUUUGCACCCUUAGGGUAACAUUGGAAUACACAAAAUGCCAUUUCUAGUCGUGCCUGUGGGGUUGGCCCUAAUUAAUAAAGAUUUUAUGCUGUUUCAAACUAA